GGUUGGGCUCCCUGUACUGUGAUUGGUCUGCUCGGGCUCCGCCUCCGGCGCAUGUCAUUAGCAUCUCAUUAGCGGCCCGCUCGGGCUCGGGAGGCAGCCACCGCCGCCAGUCUGAGGCAGGUGCCCGACAUGGCGAGUGCUGUGCUGCCGAGCGGGUCCCGGAGUGCGGCGGCAGCGGCGACGGCGGCGGCGCCUCCCGGGCUCCGGCUCCGGCUUCUGCUGUUGCUCCUCUCCGCCGCGGCACUGGUCCCCACAGGUGAUGGACAGAAUUUGUUUACGAAAGACGUGACGGUGAUUGAGGGAGAAGUUGCAACCAUCAGCUGCCAAGUCAAUAAGAGUGACGACUCCGUGAUUCAACUACUGAAUCCCAACAGGCAGACCAUUUAUUUCAGGGACUUCAGGCCUCUGAAGGACAGCAGGUUUCAGUUGCUGAAUUUUUCUAGCAGUGAACUCAAAGUAUCGUUGACAAACGUCUCAAUUUCUGAUGAAGGGAGAUACUUCUGCCAGCUCUACACCGACCCGCCACAAGAAAGUUACACCACCAUCACAGUCCUGGUGCCACCACGCAACCUGAUGAUUGAUAUCCAGAAGGACACUGCGGUGGAAGGUGAGGAGAUUGAAGUCAACUGCACUGCCAUGGCCAGCAAACCAGCCACAACUAUCAGGUGGUUCAAAGGGAACAAGGAGCUGAAAGGCAAAUCGGAGGUGGAAGAGUGGUCGGACAUGUAUACCGUGACCAGCCAGCUGAUGCUGAAGGUGCACAAGGAGGACGAUGGGGUGCCGGUGAUCUGCCAGGUGGAGCACCCCGCAGUCACUGGAAACUUGCAGACCCAGCGGUAUCUAGAAGUUCAGUAUAAGCCUCAAGUGCAUAUUCAGAUGACUUAUCCUCUACAAGGCCUCACCCGGGAAGGGGACGCGCUUGAGUUAACAUGUGAAGCCAUCGGGAAGCCCCAGCCUGUCAUGGUAACCUGGGUGAGAGUUGAUGAUGAAAUGCCUCAACAUGCCGUACUGUCUGGACCCAACCUGUUCAUCAAUAACCUCAACAAAACAGACAAUGGUACCUACCGCUGUGAAGCCUCAAACACAGUGGGGAAGGCUCAUUCGGAUUAUAUGCUGUAUGUAUACGAUUCUCGAGCAGGUGAAGAAGGCUCGAUAAGGGCGGUGGACCAUGCGGUGAUUGGUGGCGUCGUGGCCGUGGUGGUGUUCGCCAUGCUGUGCUUGCUCAUCAUUCUUGGGCGCUAUUUUGCCAGACAUAAAGGCCUGUUUUCUCUAACCUCCUCUCCCAGAAUAAAGUGAUGGGGGCAGCGGUAGUGUUGCAAUUAGGAGCAGGACUCCUUUACCGUUUGGACAAGGAAGGGAAAAUGCCAUUACUGUCACCUGAAAUGGCCUCCCUGGGUCUUUGCUCCUACCUCCCUGCCAAAGCCCAUUGCCGCUGCUGAACAUGGCUAACAUUCACAACUGUUCUUGAUGGCUUGAUUCUUAACGUGGCCAGAGAUGUAGCCCAGGAGAUGCGUAAGAGACAGUUUAUGAAAAAUAAUAGAUUUCCUUGCAGAGACACCAAGGCGUUGAAAAGGGCCUUGAGUCACGUAGACCCAGCCAGGAUCACCAGUUUACUUCCUUUCUGGCUUCGAUUUACAAAGGCAAUUGCUUAAAAAAAAAAAAA